AUGUCGCAAUCCAUUGCUAUCCCGAAGCGGACGAAGAAGGAGCUCUCGCACGGCUCAGCGGGAAGCUCCGGCUCGAGCCCUGGGAGCUUCGCGGCAUAUGGCAGUUUUGGAGCGUCGUCUGUUUCGUCGACGCCGGCGGGGAGUCCGUCGCAGGAGGGCAAGAUGCGGAGGCAGUCGCUCAUGUCUGAGUCGUUCUCUCGGGCUGAACACACGGUUAUCAAUGUUGGGGAUGCGGAGAGUCCGCGCCUGAUCACUUGUGUCAAGGCGUCGCAGGGCUUUGAUUGGAAUCAAGAGAUCUUCCUUCCCAGUUACGCCGACUACCACUUCGACGACCUCGAGUGCCGACAGGAUCCCGUGCAGGACAUUGUGCUCACGGAUGAGGAGGCAAAGAACAUGUUUCCUUCAUGA